AUGGCAAGAACUAAAUAAACUGCAAGAAAAAGUACUGCUGGUAAUAAAAAACCAACCAAACAUUUGGCCACCAAAGCUGCUAGAAAGACUGCUCCAGCUGUUGGUCCAUCUGGUGGCUUAAAGAAACCACACAAAUUUAGACCAGGAACCGUAGCAUUGAGGGAAAUCAGAAAAUAUCAAAAGUCAACUGAAUUGUUAAUCAGAAAGCUACCAUUCUAAAGACUAGUAAGAGAUAUAGCCCAUGACUUCUAAAAAGAACUCAGAUUUUAGAGUUCUGCAAUUUUGGCUCUCUAAGAAGCAGCAGAAGGAUAUUUAGUAGGAUUGUUCGAAGAUACCAAUUUAUGUGCAAUUCAUGCAAGAAGAGUGACUAUUAUGUCAAGAGACAUCCAAUUGGCCAGAAGAAUAAGAGGAGAAAGAUUUUGAUAAAUAUGUUUUAAAUUAAUGACAAAAUAAUCGAAUGUUUUUUUAUA